CUGUGUUUCCCGUAGCCGUGCCCGUUGAAUGAUGUGCAUUUCACCGGGGUACAAGAUGUCCAGUUGAAUGAUUGACUCUCCGUGCGUCCGGCGGACCCACUAGAUAAAUGUUGAAGUGUUCUUCGGAGGCAGAGCAGGCAAUGACGUUGUCUUUAUUUGGUCUACAUUUCGCCGAGAUUGUGGUUUCAGUGCACACUACUGAAAAUUACCUCCCUUAGAGGAGUCAGUCGGUGGAACGAACAGAAUAGUGCGCCAUCAAGUCCCUCUUCGCUUGAUACUUUGAACGAACAAUGACGGGAACCGGUGGUCGCGAGUUUUUAAGGUUUGAACAAUCUCUUCAAGAUUCGUCGCCACUGUAGCUAAUGCGGUUAACCAAGGAGGUCUAAAAAAUGGAACCAGUGGAGAAAUGGCACAAAGACUUGCUCGUUUUCAAGCUUAUGGACAAAAAGCUGAACUCAAAGGAAAAUGGGACCACAGGAAUGAUAGCUAAGCACCUUCUACAAAUAUUUCAACUCCACGACUGUCUACCGUUCUGCACUACCGGCUCAGAUCGUGGUACAGGUUCGUAUUCUCUCCCACAUACUGUCGGUAUGGAAGGAAACUGGGAGGUUUUGCUUUGUGCAGGUUCAUGCCCAAACUUGGGAAUGAGUAGAAGCGAGCGACCCAGCUACAAGCACAUAACUAUGACUUCGACCCCGAAGCUUCCUGUCCGAUCGCACAGGCCUCUCUGUCUAUCAGUUUCUUCAGAUGGCAACGGGAGAUAUGCGGCCUUGGAAUCCCAUGAUUUUAAAAGCAGCCUGAAAUCUCAGAUGGACAAAGCCUACUCAACUGGAGCGUCAAGCAGCACGGGGUCUUUGGAGAGAGCGUCCCUCUUCUGUGCUUCUGGAUCAGCCACAUCUACGUCAAAUUUAUCAGGCUCCAACGAAACACUGGCCAAGACCAAGUCCUCCAGCAGGUUUUCUCUAUUUUCGCCACCUUGGAACAGCAGCUCAGAAUCGGACUCCAACCCACCCUCGAGGUCUGGCUCCAAAAAACUGAAGAACCACAGUCGCAAGGCCUCAAGCAAAACAGACAGUCCAAAGGAGUGCAAGCACGGCAUCCCUGAGCAGCUGCAGUACGCGGAACCUGUCAUUGCCAAGGUGACUGAAUAUAUUUAUGUGGGGAAUCUGAAUGCCGCCUACAGUGGACAUAUCCUGUGCAAGAACAACAUCGACAGCAUUAUUGAUAUGAGCAACCUCCCUGGAGAGUUGAACAUGUGUCUCAUCCCGUGUACCUGCUCCAAGAACGUAAAGCACAGCUGGUCUCGUCUCAAGGUCAACAUCAAUGACUUUUCAAAUGAAGAUGUUUUCCCUUUGAAAGAACACUGCUUUGAAGACAUCAAUGGCUGUAUCAGCGCAUCAGCUGAGAAACAGAAACGAGUCCUAGUUCAUUGCCGGGAUGGAUACUCCCUAGCACCUACGUGUAUUAUACAGUACCUCAUGCUGAAGCAAAACAUGCAUCUUAUGACAGCGUAUGAAUUUGUGAGAUCCAAGUAUCCACUGAAUAUCCAGGAAUGCCAUCAGAAUCUUUUAGUAACACUUGAGAAGUCACUGAGGCCAGGGAAAAAGGACCCUGAGUGUUUUAAACAGGCACUGUCUCGAAAGAUAGCUUGGACUUAAUCUUUAAGUCUUGUAUCUUUACAGCCUGUCCAAAUAAAUGCCUUAACGAUUCUCUCAGUGUCUGUUGGUCAGAAGUUUAAAACUUGAAACAUUUGCCUGCGAGUUUGUUUGGCUUGAAUAUUUUAUUUCAGAUACAAAACUUGGACAAAUUAUUUCCUUCCUCGAGUAUUUAUGUACACUUUUAUAAGUUGUCCGUCAUUUUCUUUCUGCAUUAAAUUUUUCCCAUGAAUUAUAUGCAUCAUUUUUCAAAUGGAAUAAAUAAAAGAGUGACAAGAUAUUCCAUUGGACCCAUUUAGGUGAACUGUAGUAUCAUUCCACUUAUCACAAAUGCUAAGGUGGGUCACUCUAAUUACAGCUGAGAAAUUAGAUGACAAUUUCUUUUAAAGCACACUGUCUCCUACCUGGGAAGAAAUGGUAAAUCUUGAGGUAUAUUUUGCCUGUGGAGAAAGGUAUUCGGAGAAAUUCUCAGCCUGCAGCUGCUGAGAAUUUGCCAUGCUUUUCAUCAAGGAGAACAUUAGAUCUUAAGAAAAUUCUACCAACGACCACACACACACACAGAGGCAAAUAAAAAAAAAUCUGUAUCCCAUCCACGGCAGAUAGAGGCUAGAGAAGAUGUGGGGGAAAGGUGGAGGGAGGAGGGGGACAUUAUGAUCUCUUUUAUGUGCUUGUGUGGACACUCGCACAAAUGCCUGCCCUGAUGGAGCCCCAUAAAACAGGAGAUCCUGUGCUACUACUGUGUGCUGGCUGACCAAUAAAACAGCUUGUUCCAAAGCUGUAAUCAUUUAUGGACUUUAAAAAAACAUAAGCUUGCAAGAAACUAGAGCAGUGCAAGGUGAAUCUGGCAGGUGCCGUAUGCAAAGGAUUGCCACCAGAAACAUGACCCCUGAAUUCACGUCUCAUUCAUAAUUGUUAACAGGUUUUGUUGCUUGUUUGGUUUCUGUGACUGUCAGAAGACAGUUGUUCUGUAUUCAUAGAAAGUACAGUGUAGAUGAUGACAAGUACAGUGCUGAACUUAUUAUGUAAUUUUGCUUGUUCAUUUACAAAGCUCAGCUGCAUUUGUUUGGAUACCAAUCAACAGUGCCUGGUUUAACUUUGGGACAGUUGCGGUUUUACCUGGAAAUUAUUAUCAGCGCAACCUACACUAGCUAAAGUAGAUUUUUGUACACCUGGAGUGCAAAUCAUUCACUUAUUGUUUUUGUUUAUAUUAAAUUUGAAUUACAAUUGAAGCUUAAUAUAAACUGAUGUGGCUGCAGUAUUGUAACAUAACUGUAAUAAGUUCCUUGCACCAUC